GUUCUCCUUUCAUCAUCUUCCCCUUCUGUGCAUGGUAGCCGCUUGAACUUGCCCCUCCAAGAGUCAAGGACAAGACCACCCCAUGGAAUGGGCCAAGUGGACUCCCCAUGAAGCCUCCAACCAGACCCAGGCCAGCACCCUCCUGGGGCUCCCGCUGGGUGACCACACAGAGAGGAGGAAUGACACCAACUCCACCAGGGCUCUGAAGGUGCCAGACGGAACUAGCGCUGCCUGGUAUAUCCUCACCAUCAUCGGCAUCUACGCGGUGAUUUUUGUCUUCCGGCUGGCCAGCAACAUCCUCAGAAAGAAUGACAAGUCCUUGGAAGAUGUUUAUUACUCAAAUCUGACCUCUGAACUCAAAAUGAUAGGGCUGCAGGGCAAGGUCGCCAAGUGCUCCACCCUGACUAUCAGCAACAGAGCUGUGCUGCAGCCCUGCCAGGCCCACCUGGGGGCAAAGGGCGGGAGCAGCAGGCCCCAAACCGCAACCCCAGAGACCCCCUGAGAGUCAAGGCCAGGAGGCCUUCCCUAGGGUGGCCCCAGACUUCUUGGAGGGGAGCAGCUUUGGGUUUACUUGGAGCCCUUGAGGGGGACUGGGGGUGCAUCACUGACAAGGGGUGCUUCUGGCUGCUAGUUUGUGACCAGAGCCAGCCACCCAGUUCCUUCUCAGACUUCCAGGUGCUUCGAGAAGAGAGCAGGGCAGCGGUUUCUAGCCAAAUUCAAUCUUCACUGGCAAAACCUGUGCUCUGGGGAGGAGCACUAUUCCACUGUUCUCGGAGGAAUCCGGGAGACUCCUGGGGGCAUACAAGGAGGUGACUCCUUGUCAUGGAAAGAAGAGUGAACUUGGAGUCAGUUCUGGGUUAAAAUUCAACUUCUGGGGAGUCACAUAAACUGAGCAGCUUAGUUGCUCACCUGAGACAUUUAGGGUUUGGAGACAGAUGGUUUUAAAAGUCUAUUUUAUUUGAAAGACUCUAGCUUGAAUAUAGGACCAAAGUUGUUAAUAUCAGAAGUUGGAAAUUCUUCAUUUUCAUUGAAAGAAUUAGGUACGACAAAAAAAGCAUUGGAGCUGGGUGUGGUGGCUCAUGCCUGAAUCCCAGCAUUUAGAGACCCUGAGGCAGUAGGAUCACUUGAGCCCAGAAGAUUGAGUCCAGCCUGGGCAACCUAGGAAGACCCCAUUUCUACAAAAAAAAAAAAAAAAAAAAAGUUUUGUUUUGUUUUGUUUUGUUUUGAGAUGGAGUUUGCUCUUGUCGCCCAAGCUGGAGUGCAAUGUCACAAUCUCAGCUCACUGCAACCUCUGCCUCCUGGGUUCAAGCAAUUCUCCUACCUCAGCCUCCUGAGUAGCUGGGACUACAGGCAUGUGCCACCACGCCUGGCUAAUUUUUUUGUAUUUUUAGUAGAGAUGAGGUUUCACCAUUUUGGCCAGUCUGGUCUCGAUCUCCUGACCUUGUGGUCCACCUGCCUUGGCCUCCCAAAGUGCUGGGAUUACAGGCAUGAGCCACCACGCCCAGCCAAAAAAUGUUUGAAACACAUUAGCCAGGCAUGUGCCUGUGGUCCCAGGUACUUGAGAGGCUGAGGUGGGAGGAUUGCUUGAGCUUGGGAAGUCGAGGCUGCAGUAAGCUGUGAUCAUGCCACUGCACUCAAGCUUGGGUGACAGAGUGAGACCCUGUCUCAAAAAAAAAUUUUUUUUUUAAGAAAAAUUUAUUAAUUUUGGAGUCAGAAGAACCAAACUCUAGUCUGGAUUUGAUUAUCAGUCACUCUGGUGUCCUUUCACACAUCACUUCGCUUCUCUAGAACUUAGUUUCCAUACAGAUAAAAUGAGGCUAAUGAUGUCAGAUCUGCCAGCCUUACCAAGUAGAUGAGAUCUAAUGAAACCAUGCAUGUGAAUGUAUUUUGAAAAGUAAAAUAAGUAUGUAAAUAUAAGCCUUGUUGUGGUAAGUGGUGAUGGUGGUGACUGGUGGUUCUAGGUGAUGCUGAUGGUUUUGGUGGUGGUGAUGGUUUAUGUUGAUGGUGGUGUUGGUGUUGGUGAUGUUAUUGGUGGUGGUUAUGAUGCUAACGGUGGUGGUGUAGGUGGUGGUGGUUGAUGUUGGCAUUAAUGGUGGUGGUGAUGAUGCUAUUCUGAAAUAGGAAAUGACUAAUUCCUUGACAAUUAGUCUCUAAGCAAUGGCUGUAUUGUCUUGUUCCACAAGAGAAUUCCGUCUGCAUGUCAGUUGAUGACCUGUGCUAUCAAUUGAAUCCAUGAGAUUUUGCCUGUGGACACUUUUAGAUUUCCUUACAUUAGAUAUCAUAUGCUUCACUCAAGUGGUUUACAAAUACCUGUUACUUAUAUACUUUUCUUUGUCUAAAAAAGAAAUAAGAUCUUGUCUAGAUGACUGAUUAACUUAGGGAGAUUCUGAUUAACAGAAUUUCUAGAAAUGGCUUUCAGCAGGCAAAGAGAAAAUUAUAUUUUGUACCAAUUUAUAUAAAGUUCAUCUAGUUCAGCUUUUGGAGAUGUCCCUGGGGCUAGAGAUGAAAUAUCAUUCUCCUGUCCACAGACAGUGGUCUGCAGUUCACCCCAUGAACUCAUAAAGGUCAGAAUUAAACCCCGAGCUUUGUUUAUGGAGGGUGAGAUAUAUUUCCAAGUAUUUCUUUCUCUUUUCACAUUUUCCACAUCAUUACCAUCAUCAUUGUCGUCAUCAUCAUUGUCAUCAUCCUACAGGUUGAAAACAGAAGUGUUAGUUUAUUUAUAAAGUUUAUAUAGGCUUUAUGCAUAUGUUUGAGAUGCUUAUAGGGCAGGACAAAACAGAAGACACAAAGGUAGACAAAAAUGUAAUCCACAGUCAUAGGAAUGCAGAAUGCAUUCAAAUGGGGCUGAACGGUCAGAACUUAGGUGAAUCUGAGGAUAGGAAGAGUGAAUUGGCACAAUCUCCCCUUGUUGGUUGCCCCUGCAGCAUGCAUUUCCCCUUCUCUAAUCCAGCUGCCCCGAAUUUUCAUUUGAGGACCCAUACAGCUCUAGGGAAGUUGAAACUACCCCUAGUUCAAGAAUUGGAAUAAGUUUCAAAUGAGAAAGCUGAAUGAAAAAUAAUUUUUUUAAAAAAUAAUAAUAAGUGUUUUAAAAAGUGGGAAUAAGAGGCCUAGAUUGAUCCAGUCAUUGCAUCCCAUCUCCUGGCCUCAUUGCUUGGGACCAGGAUGGACACUUGACCCUAAGCGAAACAACCCAAUAAGAGUGACCAGGAGAACUUUAAUGGGGAAUUCUGGAACAAAAAAGCUUUCUCUUGCUCUGGAUGGUGUUAAAAGCCGAUCUGAGCCUGAAAUUGUUACGGGAAUGGGAUCCUGAUCCAGACCCCAAGGGAGGGUUCUUGAAUCUUGCACAAGAAAGAAUUCAGGGCAAGUCCAUAAAGUAAAAUGAAAGCAAGUUUAUUAAGAAAGUAAACAACAAAAGAAUGGCCGCUCCAUAGGCAGAGCAGCAGCAGGGGCUGCUUGACUGAGUACACUAUGGUUAUUUCUUGAUUGUAUGCUAAACAAGGAGUGGAUUAUUCAUAAAUUUUCCAGGAAAGGGUCAGGGAUUUCUCAGAACCCUCAGUUCUUUUAGACUAUACAGGUUCUCCUUUUAGACCAUAUAGGGUAACUUCUGGACAUUGCCAUGGCAUUUGUAAGCUGUCAUGGAGUUAGUAGAAGUGUCUUUUACCACACUAAUGCAUUACAAUUAGCAUAUAAUGAGCAGUGAGGAAGACUGGGGGUCACAUUAAUCACCAUCUUGGUUUUGGUGGGUUUUGGCUGGCUUCUUUAUUGCAUCUUGUUUUAUCAGCAGGGUCUUUGUGACCUGUAUCUUGUGAUAUCAAUCCUGCUGGCCUCCUGUCUCACCCUGUGACUAAGAAUGCCUACCCUCCUGGAAUGCAGUCCAGCAAGUCUCAUCCUCAUUUUACACAGCCUUUAAUCAAGAAAACCUCUGACAGAAUUGCUGGAUCCAUUUUGCCACCAUGAAGAAAGCCAACUUGAAGGCAAAAACCCAGCAUAUAGAAAGGAGAAGAACUAGGAAAUUACAGAGACCAGAGCCUGUACCAACUGUACCCAGAGCCUUCAUUUACCACUGGAGUUUUUCAGUUUGUGAACCAAUGAGUUCCUUUUAUUAAGUCUGUUGGAGCUAGGCUUUUGUUCCUCACAACCAAAAAUAUCCUAAAUGAUACCACUGGAUAAAUGAUUUCCCGAAGGAAGUGGGCCUUGGAGUCAAAUUUGAAAAGAGAAGAUGUGUGAUGUGCUGUGUGGGAGGCUGGGAUCAUUUUUUUUCACCAAGAUUUUUAUAUUUAUAGGCUUUUAUAUUUAUAGGGGAAAAAACAGAUUCGGUACACUUCUUACUUCAGCUCAAUGAUCAUUUGCAGGACUUCUCAUUGCUUGACCUCUCAAAGAGCACUCAGUGAGACUCUGUACCAUUUAAUCCUCACCCCUGACUGUCAGUAGACUGCCAUGGAAACCCCAAGGAUGCCUAUCCUGUUGGACAUGCGGUCAGAGACUGGCUCCAAAGAUAUCUCCCAAAGAGCAAAAGCCACCAUCUUCCUGUUGGUGCCCAGACACAGGUGCAUGAGCUCCAAGGACUCCUUCCUAGGCCACCUCUCUGCUGCCUGAUCUAAACUCACCUCGUUUCUGGGAGCUGGUCUGAGAGUCUGCCUUGGAGAUGUGUUGGAUGGGAACUAGGGGUUUGUAGGCUCCAUUGUGAGCAAUACUGAUGGGAAAUGACCGCAACUAGUAUGGAUAUUUUGCAUAAAGCCCCUGAAAUCUGACAUGCUCAGGGUCAGAGCCAUGAACCACUGUCUUGACAAACCCCACGUACAUGGACUAAUAAGGAAGGUGUGGGCACCAUGGCGUUAGUGUUCAACUGGAGAGUGGGAAAGAGAUUUGCAUGUGCCACCAGCCCUGAUAGAGACAGUGGCAGAACACACUGAUUCUCAACAUUGCAGACACCUGCUGUCUUUGUCCCUAUGUAGGUUUCCCCCAAUCCAGGAAUGACUUCCUCUGGGGAUCUGUGGCUGAUGGUGCUAGGGUUUGUACCAGACCAAAUCAAGGUAACUAGAGCUUCCCCAGGUGAUUGUAACCCAUCUCCUAAACAAAACUUGCAUCGACUCGGUUGCAUUACAAUUUGAUUUUCCUGGGUGAUGUACUCAUCACAUUUUUUAAAAAAGGACUUAAAGAAAGACUUUAGAGACUAAAUUCUUGGUAUUUAUGCACCUCUUUCUGGAGUCACAGGUGGGCUCUGAUUCUCAUAACUGAUUGCCUUGACUUCUACCGGAGCAGAAGAAUGCCAGCUCAUUCUUCAAAUACAGUUAGUCUUCUGUUGGCAAUUAUGGAAAACAGCUCUACCUAGCGCAUGCGAAUGUGUGUGUGUGUGUGUGUGUGUGUGUGCGUGUGUGUGAUUUUGGGGAAGGCAACUGAGGUAGCUCACAGAAUCAAAAGGACAGCAGCUCCUCCCAGCCUCAGGAAGGAGAGGGGUUAGUCUGCCAUGAGGCCCUUACUUGGCAGCCCCAGUUGGAGAACCUUCUCACUAGGAUUCUCCCAAAAGACAGCUCAGCUCCCAUGUCUGCCUCUUGGUGCCUCUGCUCAAGUUUCAGAUCUCAGGGUGAGGGCACUGCAGUGGAUCAGGGAAGAGCAGGUGUGCAGGUGACCCAGGGAAUGGAGCGCUCUGAUUGGCUGAGGCUGAGUCAUAGGCCCCCUCCUAUAGGACAUCAAAGUCUUUGAAGAAAAUGCCAAUUAAAAGCACUGUUGGCUGGGCACUGUGGCUCAUGCCUAUAAUCCUAGCACUUUGGGAGGCCGAGGUGGGCAGAUCACUUGAGGUCAGGAGUUCGAGACCAGCCUGGCCAACAUGGUGAAACCCCGUCUCUACUAAAAAUACAAAAAUUAGCUGGGUAUGGUGGCGGGCACCUGUAAUCCCAACUACUCAGGAGGCUGAGGCAGGAGAAUCACUUGAACCUGGGAGGCGGAGGUUGCAGUGAGCCGAGAUUGUGCCACCGCACUCCAGCCUGGGCAACAGAUUGAGACUCCAUCUCAAAACAAAACAAACAAACCAAAAAAGCACUGUUGCUCAGAUAUCACCCCCUGUGUGAAACCUUGAUCCCUAAGGCAGAAUUGCUUGUUCCUCCAUGGCUUCUGUAGCACUUUGUAAAACAUUUGGAUGGAUCAAAGAGAGAAAAUUUUAUUCAACAAAAUUUUUCCAAGGACGGUACAUUUGUUUGCCAAGUGUUUGGUAAGCAAGUGAGACCUGUACAGUUUUGGUACAGGAAGGGCCCAUGAAUGUGGGCGGAACUAUUCCACAGGAGACAAGGAGAAGCUGUUCUCUGGAGGGAGGGAAUGGAGAGGGAGAGGUGGUUUAGGGAUCUGCAGGAUGGCAGAAUGCAUCCAGAAAUGACUUUCCUAUCAUUUCCCCACCACUGCCUCAAGCCCUUUUCUUCUACGAUUUUAUGAAACUCAUGGGAUAAAUGCUUGAAGUGAGUGGGCUAGAAGCCAGCAAAGGGACGCAGGGAUGUGCCCAGACACAUACAGGUGGAAUGGAAGCAGCAGGCAGAUGGGGGGUGUCAGGAACAGAAAUGCUUUCCUAGGGCAACCUAGUUAGGUUUCGUUUAAGCUAAUCAGGAAGUAACCAGAGUCAUGGGGAGGCUGUAAAACUGAGGCAGGGACCAGAUUUCACCAAAUCAUUGUAGAAUGAGGGCAAGGAUGAAGGAGGGGUGGAGGUAGGUGCUUGCAGGAGGCACCUUGAUAUGGUUUGCCUGUGUCCCCACUCAAAUCUCAUCUUGAACUAUAGUUCCCAUAAUCCCCAUGCGUCGUGGGAGGGAGCUGGUGGGAGGUAAUUACCUCCAUGCUGUUCUCUUGAUAGUGAUUGAGUUCUCACAAGAUCUGAUGGUUUUAUAAGGGGCUUUCCCCACUUUGCUCUGUAUUUCUCCUUCCUGCCAUCAUGCGAAGAAGGAUAUGCUUGCUUCCUUUUCUGCCAUGAUUGUAAGUUUCCUGAGGCCUCCUCAGCCAUGAGGAAUUGUGAGUCAAUUAAGCAUCUUUCCUUUAUAAAUUACCCAGUCUCAGGUAUGUCUUUAUUGACAGCAUGAGAACAGACUAAUACAUACCUGAAAAGGAGAACACUUAUCACAUAAUGCUGUAAAUACAGGUCGGCAGUCUCUUCCCCACUGAACCAGAAGAAUAUGAUUUUUAAGAAUAAAAGAUAUCUUAUUGAUCAACAAUAUCUUAUUGAUCUUGACCCACUUAUUUCAAAACACACAAUAAAUAUUUGUAACUAUUCUUUUAAAAAUAGCAAUACCCAUUUAAAAAUAAUGAAAUCCAGACUAAAAGGACUUGGUAUGUACCAGGCACUAAGUGCGCUGCAUGCAUCUCCCCGCUUGCCAGUUGCCCAUCCCCUGCGCCUAGUGCUCCAUGCUUGCCUCUCUUACGGCACCCACAAAUGAAGCUGGAGGCAGAAACCAUACAGUCAUUUGAACACAGGAAGUUUCCUGUAAGGAAAUGAUUAAGUGGUGAGGAAGAAACUACAAAGAUACAAAGAGAACUCUCAAGGGUUCCCUAGGGCUCAGUACCCAGGGAAGGACCAACUCGGCUCCCCAAGGCUGGGCUUCAGACGUCUUUAGAGAAGAUGUGAUUGCAGCCACUGGCCGGAGGGGAAGUUCGUGGGUGGCCGGGGCCACAGUUGGCCCACAGUCCCCAGGCAGCUGGUCCUCUAGUGCACAGGAGCACCAAGACUGGUAGAUGGGUGACCAGAGAGAGCCAGGGUGCCAGGAGCUCACUCGCUGGUGGGGUGGCCGGGAGGUUGCUGUGCACCUUGCCCAUGGCACACAGGGCCCAUGGCACACGCCUCCAGGACACAGCCCCAGAGAGUCUGUGGUGUGGCACUUGCAGGAGUCGAGGCACUGAGCACGUGCCAUGGACUGAAUGCUUUUGUCCUUUGUCCCCUGAAAUCCACAUGUUAAAGCCUUAAUCCCCAAUGUGAUAGUAUGGAGGUGAGAUUUAGAUGAGGUUUCGGGAGGUUUAGAUGAGGUCGCAAUUGUAAGGCCCCCAUGAUGGGAUCAGUGCCCUUACAGGAAGAGACACCAGACCCCCCUCUCUCUCUGCACCAUGUGAGGACACAGCAAGGAGUGUUCUUCCCGCGAACCAGGAAGCAGGUCCUCACCGGGUAUCGAAUCUGCCAACACCUUGAUCUCAGACUUCCAGCUUCCAGAACUGUGAGACAGAAACGUGUGUUGCCUAAGCCAUUUGUUUUAACAGCCCAAACUGACUAAGACACUCAUCAGAGAAAAAGCAGCGCUGGACAUGUGUUACAGGCGGCAAGACUGAUUCCUUCAGACUCCUGCAGCAGCGGGAAGAGAUUCCAGUACCGACCAAGCUCAACCCCAACUGAGAAAACGGUGACCGAGGUCUUCAAAGAGAGAACAGAAAGGGAACAAAAAGGGACUGAAGGAGAAAUGAAGACAGAACGUGGGGGCCACGUGGAAAUGGAAAGUUCCAGAAGGGUGAGGGGAGAACUACUGAAAAUGGUUUAGCGGGGUGGGCUGGACGAGGCGCAUUUUGUGAUUUGGCUGCAUUGCAAAGUCUUGAGCCAAGACUCAGCCAGGGCUGGGGUCGCCUCUGGGGAUGCAGCUUAGUGCAGGUGGAAGCCAGGCUACAGUUUGGUGAAGCCUCUCAGCACAGUGUUGGGGUGAGUCCUCUACGCUCUGUGGAAUUCCCAGUUCACUGGAGGCUCGCUAGCAGGGCAAGUGUGGCCCGAAGGUGCACUGUCCAUGUCAGGCAGGCAUGCAGGGAAGCCGGGGAGCUGACAGCCUGCUGGGGGCAGGGCAGUGGGUGGCCUGGGGUGCCUUGGGUCCCAUCAGCAGGGUCAUGGGAAACAGCCUCCAGGCUGCACAGUGGUGGACAGCAGUGCUGGCUCCCCCUGUACCUGCCCACCAGCCUUGGCCCUCCUAGGCCCCGAAGGAUCGUUUCCUGCUGUCUGGUGACUGUAGACCAGCCCUAGCCCAGGAAACCCUAUAAAAUUCUCCUCCAACUAUUUCUCCUGGAGAAGACAAGAGUGCCAAUGGAUUACUACAGUGCAGGGCAAUUGAGCAAAGAUGGGGGUGAACUGGGGUCCCAUGGGAGCAGGGAGGAGGGGCCAGGGAACCCUGGCCAGAAAUAGGAAAGCAGUAAUGGAAGGGACGACUCAGGAGAGGGAGUGCCCAUCUCAGAGCCUUUCAGGAACCUGGCAUUUAAUAAAUGCCUCCUCCAGAGGGAAGGAUUCAGGCAGAUCACUUCUAGAAGGGGUCACGGCCUCUCCAGGUUCUGCAUGGUCCACAGCAUAUGUACAGUCCCCAGAAGCUAGACUCCUUCCAGGCCUGGUGUGGAGGGAACCUAAGUGUGUGAUGGAGGAGAGUCUUCCACGGGCUAUGAACUCUUUGUAAAAAACAAAACAAAACAAAACAAAAAAACAGUACGCAUGCGAUGCUGGGGGCUUAGGACAAUAUCUUAAAACAGAGCUGAAACAUUGGUGGAUAAACCUCAGGACAGGCAGGAAAAGAGCUGUAGCUCGUCCACCAUCAGCAUUAGCAAUGCAAUCAGACACAACGGAAAAUCAAUGAAGUAAAACCAACCAGCAGGAUUAUGUUAUUGAGCCUCCAAUAAAUGUCUUAAGUGUCCAAUAAAGCCAUAUCGUUUUGAUGACAUGAA